AAAUACCAUUUUCUCAGCCUCAAAACCCUAUCAGAACCCUAACACGGGAUCGAGGAAACAUAACUCAUGGGGAAGGUAAAGGGAAAGCAUCGCUUGGACAAGUACUACCGCUUAGCGAAGGAGCAUGGCUACCGGUCCCGAGCUUCAUGGAAGCUCGUGCAGCUGGACUCCAAGUUUGGCCUCCUCCGCUCAGCGCACUCGGUCCUCGAUCUCUGUGCCGCCCCCGGAGGCUGGAUGCAGGUGGCGGUCCAGCGCGUCCCCGUCAGCAGCCUUGUCCUCGGCGUCGACCUCGUCCCCAUCGCGCCAAUACGUGGCGCCCUCGCCAUCGAGCAGGACAUCACCAAGCCCGAGUGCAGGUCCCGGAUCAAGAACCUCAUGGCCCAGCACGGAUGCGUCGCCUUCGACUUGGUCUUGCACGACGGCUCUCCCAAUGUUGGUGGCGCCUGGGCCCAGGAGGCUAUGAGCCAGAACGCCCUCGUUAUCGAUGCCGUCAAACUGGCCACACAGUUCUUGGCUCCCAAGGGCACUUUUGUCACCAAAGUUUUCAGGUCACAAGAUUACAGUUCUGUCCUGUACUGCCUUAAGCAGUUAUUUGAAAAGGUUGAGGUGGAUAAACCAGCAGCCAGUCGUUCGGCAUCUGCAGAGAUAUAUGUUUUGGGUCUCAAGUACAAGGCACCUGCGAAGAUUGAUCCGCGUCUUCUUGAUUUUAGGCAUUUAUUUCAGGGAUCCAUAGAACCUCAGCGGAAGGUGGUAGAUGUACUUAGAGGAACAAAGCAAAAGAGACACCGAGAUGGGUAUGAGGAUGGGGACACAACUUUGAGGAAAGUGUCCUCAGCUGCGGAUUUCAUUUGGUCUGAUUCUCCUCUUGAGGUCCUUGGUUUGGUUACAUCUAUAACCUUUGAUGAUCCACCUAGUUUGACGAUUAAGGAACACACAUUAACAACAGAAGAGGUUAAAACUCUCUGUGAUGAUCUACGUGUUCUGGGGAAGCAAGACUUCAAGCAUCUGUUGAAGUGGCGGCUGCACAUAAGAAAGGCCCUAUGUCCUACACAAAAGCCUAAUUCUGCUACUACUGUAGAUGUUGAAAAUAAGAACGAAGAGGAUGAAGAUGAUAAAAUUCUCAAUGAAAUGGAGGAGCUGACGUAUGCCAUGGAGCGCAAGAAGAAAAGAGCAAAGAAACUUCUUGCAAAAAGACAAGCUAAGGACAAGGCUCGGAAGGCAACUGGGAUGCAGAUAGAUGCAACGGAAGAUAGUUAUACGGACCUUGAGUUGUUUUCCCUUUCUUCAAUCAAGGGUAAGAAAGAUUUGGUAGCAGUGGAUUCCACUGGAUUUGAUGAUGAAAAUGGUGACUUGAGGGAUCGUGAAAAUUAUGAAACCCAUGAUGUAACCCAAGAGCAUUCAUCCAGUGAUAUCGACACUGAUGAAGAACGCCGAAGAUAUGAUGAACAAAUGGAAGAGUUUCUCGAUCAGGCUUAUGAACGAUUUAUGGCAAGAAAGGAGGGAAGUACAAAGCAGCGGAAGCGUGCAAAACAAGCCUAUUCCGAAGAUGCCCAACUUUUGGAGAAUGGUGAUGAUAUUAUUCAGUCCGAUUAUGAUUCAGACAGAGAUCAGGAUGAUCAAGAGAAGAAUCCUCUCGUGGUACCCCUUGAUGAAGAGGUGCCUACUCAAGAGGAGAUUUCAAACAAGUGGUUCAGUCAGGAUAUCUUUGCUGAAGCUGUAAAAGAGGGAGAUCUGGAGAAGGAUGAUAGUGACAGUGAAAUGCAGGUUGAUAGGCAGGAGAAACUUUCUAUACCAAAAAAGUCCAAGGAAAAGAUAGCAAACCGCAGUGCAGGGUCUGAUCAUCCUCAACUCCAAGCUUCUAAGGCAGACAAUGAUUUUGAGAUAGUCCCUGCCCCGGAUACAGAUUCAAGUGAUGACUCAUCAUCAGAUGAAUUGGAGGAUGAAGAUGUUGAUACAAAAGCUGAGAUAUUGGCUUGUGCAAAGAAGAUGCUGCGGAAGAAGCAAAGGGAGCAGUUACUGGAUGAUGCCUACAAUAAGUACAUGUUUCAAGAUGAGGGCUUACCCAAAUGGUUUUUGGAAGAGGAAAAGAGACACCGCCAACCAAUUAAGCCUGUUACCAAGGAGGAGAUUGUUGCAAUGAGAGCACAAUUCAAAGAAAUUGAUGCCCGGCCUGCAAAGAAAGUGGCGGAGGCAAAAGCCAGGAAGAAACGUGUUGCCCAGAGGAAGCUUGAGAAGGUUCGUAAGAAGGCUAAUGUGAUAUCAGACCAAGCAGACAUCUGUGAUCGCUCAAAAAGGAAGCAAAUUGAGCAACUCUAUAAGAAAGCUGUGCCUAGAAAACCUAAAAAGGAAGUUGUGGUUGCGAAGAAAGGAGUUCAAGUGAAGGUUGGCAAGGGGAAAGUCCUGGUUGAUCGAAGGAUGAAAAAAGAUGCAAGAACCAGUGGCAAAGGGAAGCCAGGAAAAGGCAUGAAGGGAAAAAACGUCAAGGCUCAGAAGGGUAAAGGAUCCCACAAGGCAUCAGCAAGGAAGGGUAAAAGUGGAAACAGAGGAAAAAAGAUGGGCAUGCAUGACUGAGCUUGUUAAUUUCAGGAGGCUGACUACUGCUCCCGACUUGUUUAACGUUUCCAUGUUGUUGCCUUACUGUUUUGUUUUGGUUGUUUUUUUUAUCCUUUCUUUUGCGCUUUGAUUUUGUGGGACAGUCCUUCAAAUUCUUGUUUAAAAUUCUUGAGUUAAUUGUUCUGGAAAAAGUACCAUGCGGCAAUUGUUAGAGGCU